AUGAAGCUGUCUGACGUUUCCGAGGACUGGUACCUCGGCAGCCCGAUGCGGUCCACGAUCAGGUACAUGCUGGAAACGGGCUACGAGCAAUGGGGGUUUCUCAUCUACCGGUGCACCUACGGCGACGACGACGCCUGGGACAGCUACAUGGCGUACCUGAGGGAGGAAGUGCACAGCGAUCUGGACCACUCGGGCUGCGACGUGCUGCUGGAGCAGUACGCCCGGUGGACCGUGGUGGAGGACGAGUCACUGCUCGACGGGGCCUCCAAGGACCAGGUCAGGCGGCGCUUCGUUGCGUGGAGGGACCGCCACAGCGACAGCGUCUUCCAGUGGCCGCCGCCGCGCGCCCGCCAGCCGCGCUUCGCGUACUGUCUGUAUGUCGACCAGAAGUGCCUCGACACGCUGCAUCCGCACGUCGAGGCCAAGUCCGCUGCUAAUCGACGUGAUCGACCUCCGCCUCCUCUUGUGGCUGCCGUCAUCGACGGCGAUUUCCACGAGGGUCGGUUCGACAGUCACGCGCGCGAGGGGGAGACCUACCCGCCGGUUGAGGGCUGCGCGAAGAAGUACGUGGGCUGGCAGUACUACUCGGCGCGUUGCCUUGCCGGGUUGUAUGAAAACUUGCAGAUUGAGCAUAUGGAUGGCUACUUUAGUUAUCAGAGACCGCCGGCCAUCGGCCCGUGGUGCAGUCGAUCCAUGGACGAUUUGGUGUAG